UCCCAGCAACACAUCAACCAUCGAUCACCAGCAUACCACAACGAAGUGUGAUCUACUCGAUUCUUUCCACCUGCUUCUUUAAUUCACCCAGUUAGCUUUUCAUCCUCCCGUGCACUCUUCACCGGUAGGUCCAGUACAAGUAAUGACUACCAUGGUGGCCUUGAGCUCCUUCGCCGGUGCAGCUGUCGUUGGCCGCUCCGCUGUCCGGUCUCCGGUGGCGCCGCGCCGGCGCGCCCUCGUCGUCAGGGCCCAGGCCGAGCCGGACAUGGAUCCGAUCAAGGAGACGACCGCUCAGACCUCCACCCCGAGCUCAACCCCGACCCCGACCCCAAUCCCAGCGGCACCCAAGCCCAAGGCCAAGGCUAACCCCUCGGUCUGGGACGCGCUCGCCUUCAGCGGCCCGGCGCCCGAGCGCAUCAACGGCCGGCUCGCCAUGGUGGGCUUCGUGGCGGCUCUCUCCGUGGAGGCGGCGCGCGGUGGCGGCCUCCUCGACCAGGCCGGCAGCGGCGCCGGGCUGAGCUGGUUCCUGACAACCGCGGCGGUGUUCUCCGUGGCGUCACUGGUGCCGCUCCUCCAGGGCCAGAGCGUCGAGAGCAAGUCCAGCGGCGUCUGGAGCGCCGACGCCGAGCUCUGGAACGGCCGCUUCGCCAUGCUCGGACUCGUCGCGCUCGCCGUCACCGAGUUCAUCACCGGCACGCCCUUUGUCAACGUCUAGAUUAAUUAAGCUAGAGUAGUGUUACGAACCCCGUACGUGCAUGUACAUAUUGAUGGUCAUGCUGAGGCAAGUUGUAAACUCGUAUGCUUAGCUUAUUUUUUCAUGGUACGGUCAUGGAUGUGUUUGUAAGAUUUUUCGGAAUCUAGAAAUAGUGGCUGAAUGAAUUUUGUUUCCUCUA